CCAUAGGAAAGCAUUAUGAAUGCUUUCCAAUGUGACCGGCUGAAUGCGCGCGCAUUCAGCCGACGGGGAGAGGAGGAUCGGAGGAGGAGAGCUCUCCGCCCAGCGCUGGAAAAAGGUAAGUUUUAACCCCUUUCCCCCUUCCAGAGCCGGGCGGGAGGGGGACCUUGAGGGUGGGGGCACCCUCAGGGCACUAUAGUGCCAGGAAAAAGAGUAUGUUUUCCUGGCACUAUAGUGGUCCUUUAAUGCAGAACGUGUUUGUUUAUGAUUCUUUUUAACCUCAUUGCAUCCUUUCAAAGGAGUUUCUGCUGAUUUGUAAAUGACUAUUCAAAUAAAAUUUCCUCCUAUUUUUGAGUUGCUAUAUUACACUGGGUAGUGAAUAGCAGUUAGGCUUAAAGAGCAAAUCGUGCCUGGUAAAUAUCCGUAACCGCUUCCAAUGCAAGCGCUCUGUACAGGGACAUUCAGGAGACAAAGUUCAUUUAACCCUUUCCAGAUGGAAAAGCAAUGUGUCUGCACAUCAGAAGGAAAAACAAAGUAAAAACAAACAAAAUAACCACAAAAAUACUGCUUAGCCUAACUUCCCCUUCCACUGUCGUAUUUUUUUUUUUUUUUUUUUUAAUCUCGAUCUCCAAGUUUCACUUUGUUACAGAAAGCUAUUUUUUUCAUGAUUGUGCAACCAUUGUUUUUUUUUUUCCCAGAGAAAAAAAAAGUAAAGUCAAACAGUAUCCUGAUCCCCUGCUGUUCAAGCUCUCUGACAGCCUCGCCAGAGGGAGAGUAAAUCUGGUUCCACCAAUAAUUCUGAGGGGUCUUCCCUGAAUUAAUAUUGUGCAUCAAAGACUGAGCUGAAGACUGAGAUUCGAUGACGUCUGGGCUCCUGUUAACUCUCCUCUCUGCUCUUUGUUGGGCAGAACGAUCUUUAGGCUCUAGAGACAACAGCGAUGGUAAGGGGGUUAAAUAUUAGGCAAGGACAGAAAGUAUUUAGGAUAUUUCCGUUACUGUAGUGUUGAUAACUGGCUGGAAAAUCCAUUGCGAGGUUUGUCAUGUCUGCGGGAACAAAUAUUGGUGCCAUGCCAGGAUCUGAAUAUGUGUUGGUAAUUUAUAGAGAUUCAGAUUAUAACGGAAGAAGUGGUGUGGAAGGUUUUAAUGUGUCUAGUUCAGGAUUAAUUCCUGGGUAUUAUUGCAUCGGCCUGCAAAUUAUCCUAUAUCACUUUAACAUUUCAUUGCUACUCCCUGCCACAUUCCAAAACAGUCCACACGAGACCUCCAGCACCCCCAGUCCCCCAUCAGAAAUGUAAAGUAGACAAACAUAAAUCUGCCAACUCAGUCUGUUCAAGGCAGGAGAUUUAAUCCACCAAUGUGUGAACCUGGUAAUGUUUCAGUAAUCAAGGGAUCUUUUUCAAGUUUAUAGGAUGUGCUGGUAUUAAUCUUUGUUUGCACCCACAGGAAUGUGACCUACGCCAUCACAUUUGACAUUAGUACCGUUAUUUAAUAUUUGCACCAAUGUAUAAACCAGGGUCAACGCUACAGGGCUAGUGGAUUAUAUGUGGGAAGGUAGAGGUUGUGUAGAAAACAUUACCACCAUCUUAGUGACUUAUGACUCUAUCUAUUUUUGGACAUUUUGGGUCAUUAUGUAGGAACCUCAAGCUGUUGUUCAAUCUUAGUAAAUUGGGUUUUUUGACAUGUGUAUUCCAACUCAAGAAGGAAAGACAUGGAUGGCAAUAAAGUUCCUUUCAUUAUUUUUAUUUUAUUAUUUAUAUUGCGCCAUCAGAUCCCGUAGCGCUGUAUUAUAAAAUUUACUGCUACUACAAUAAUUUUAUGACCAGAUUAGUUGGGCGUUUUGAAUCAAAUAGGACUGUUCUUGACCCCACUCUUUGUAAUGCCCCACAUAGAGUUAGGCUAUUCUGCACAUCCAUGCAGAUCUCUUUGCCAUUCCUAGGUCAAUGAAAUCACAGCCAAGCUGAUGAGUAGAGGUGACAUACUAUAAAUUUUGUUGAUGCCCCACAAGGAACACAAUUUGCUAAAUAAGUAUAUAUUUUUGGCUAUGUUUCUUUUACUUGAUCAUGCAUAUUUCUUUAAUUCCCCUUAUAGUUUUGAUGUUGUCCAGAUAUCUUAUAUCAGAGGUACCCCCUGUUAUAUCCCGUCAUGCUCUCUAUCAUCUUUAAAAAGUGCUACUCAAGCUCAUGAAGACAGCAUAGAAACCUAGAUUUAUGGCUUAAGGAGCUGCAGAAUGUAUCAAUUCUGGGCUUCAACUAUCCGUUAUAAUCUGGGAACAACACCAAAAUCAGAGAUCCUACACCUAUACCUGAGCUCUUCACUAAGUCAGUCCUUCUCUUAGAUCACUCUUGACGUGGCAGGUGGGCAUACCCUCUCAUGGCCAUUGUAGCAUGUAGGUAUGUAUAUAAAAAAUACCCCUUUCUGUCUCAUUAGAGAUAUUUUUGCCAGAAGCUCAAGGAAGCAAGGUGAAUGGUUAGAGUUAGGACCCACCUAGGAGGUCUGCCUUGACGUGGCAGGUGGGCAUACCCUCUUAUGGCCAUUGGAGGUACCUAAAAACCUCCAUUUGUUUAAAAAUACAUAGGGAUGUGGAAAGAGCGCAGGUAACUUUUUUCUUUGGUUUUUACUAUAUGUAUUUUGGCUGAUGUGUACUAUGGUCAUUGUUGCCGCCCAGGAGUAAUGGGAGUUUGAGCGCAGGACUAGUUUCUUUGUAUUUGUAUUCACUUUUGUAUCACACAGCUAGGUUGCAAUGCUGCUGUCCAUCCCAUGUGCUCCCUAUUAAGGUUAAUAAGCAGAAUGUAAGCUCGAUUGAGCUGGGUCCUCUUCAACCUAUCGUUCCUGUACGUUUUUUGUAAUUGUCCUAUUUAUAGUUAAAUCCCCCUCUCAUAAUAUUGUAAAGCGCUACGGAAUAUGUUGGCGCUAUAUAAAUGGCAAUAAUAAUAAUAAUGUAGGGAUGUAUAUAAAAAAUACCCCUUUCUGUCUCAUUAGAGAUAUUUUUGCCAGAAGCUCAAGGAAGCAAGGCGAAUGGUUAGAGUUAGGACCCACCUUAGAGGUCUGCCUUGAUGUGGCAGAUGGGCAUACCCUCUCAUGUCCAUUGGAUAUAUGAACUGGCUGCCUGGUAGAUGUGGUAUUGUUAAUUUCAAAAGGGGUUAAUUUGAUUGUAUGAGAGGUCAGAGCAUACAACCUUAAUUCUUCUUUGAAGCUGGGACCCCAGCAGAGCUAGUUUGUAAGGUGUGAGAAGUCACACAUAAGUGGCCUGGAAGUCUGGUUUCAGUAUAAACUAACUCUUUCAUUUGCCAUAUGCAGGGCCAGAUUUCAUUGCCCUAAAAAAAUGUAUGCCAGCCCUAUAAGUUAUUGUGCCACGGUAGUAUUUGCGUGUGAGUAUGCAUAUAUGUGUGUGUGUGUGUGUAUAUACACACACACAUAUAUACAUAUAUAUAUAUAUAUGUGUAUAUAUAUAUACACAACACAAACACUACUGUGGCACAAUGACUUAUAGGACUGGCAUACAUAUUUGAUAAAUAUAUAAUAUAUGUUUAUGAAUUAGAAUUACUCAAUCUGGGGUAGCAAGAUGGGGCCAUAUUUGAAAUGUUAUAACAGGAUAUUUAAUACUAUCACUAAAAGAUAUAUAAAUAUAUAUACUUUUAUUAUUGGUAUGUUCCUUUUUUAAUUAUAAAUAUUAGUCCUUUCAGGGUAAAAAAAAUAAAUUAUACAGUAAGCAUACUCACAUGCAGGCACAGACAAUCUCACUGACACAAGCACACAAGUUCACAGGCUCACAGACAGGCAAUCUCAUUGACACAGACAAGCUUACAGGUACACACAAACGUAGUACAGACAAACUCACUGAUAUACAUAAAGAUUCUUACUACAGACAAGCUCACUGGCACACACGAGCUUACUACAGACAAGCUCACAGACACACACACACCCAAGCUCACUACAGACAAGCUCACUGACAUACAUACAUGCUUAUUACAGACAUGCUCACCGACACACACAUACAUGCUUACUACAGACAUGCUCACUGACAUACAUAUACAUGCUUACUACAGACAUGCUCACUGACACACACAUACAUGCUUACUACAGACAUGCUCAGUGACACAUACAUGCUUACUACAGACAUGCUCACUGACACACAUACAUGCUCAGUGACACACACAUACAUGCUUAAUACAGACAUGCUCACUGACACACACACACACAUACAUGCUUAGUACAGACAUGCUCACUGACACACACAUACAUGCUUACUACAGACAUGCUCACUGACACACACAUACAUGCUUAUUGCAGACAUGCUCACUGACACACAUACACAGACAUGCUCACUGACACACAUACACAUAGGCGUGCGCAGUCUAUAGCAUUAGGGUGUGCACCCUAAAGCACAAACACACGCCGCAUGUGUGUGUGUGUGUGUGUGUAUAUAUAUAUAUAUAUGUAUAUAUAUAUAUAUAUAUACACACACACACACAUACACUGCUGUGUGUGCUGUUAGUGUGCCGUGUGAGGGUGCUGUGUGCUGUUAGUGUGAUGUGAGGGUGUUUGUGUGUGUGUGUUUGUGACUGUGCUGUUUGUGUGAGAGGGUGUUUGUGUGUGUGUGUGUUUGUCCUAUGAGGGUGCUGUUUGUGUGAGUGUGUAUUUGUGAGGGUGCUGUUUGUGUGAGUGUGUAUUUGUGAGGGUGCUGUUUGUGUGUGUGUGUGUUUGUGAGGGUGCUGUUUGUGUGUGUGUGUGUUUGUGAGGGUGCUGUUAGUGUGCUGUGUGUGAGGGUGUUGUGUUUUUUUAAAGGUGCUGAGUGUGUUUGUGAGGGUGCGGUUAGUGUACUGUGUGUGUGUGAGCUGUAUGUGUGUAGGUGCUGUAUGUGUGUGUGUGCUGUAUGUUUGGAGGGAUUGUGGAGGUGGGGGCAGAUUAGUAAAUCCUUGCUGCCAUGUGCCAUUCCUGGUGGUCCAGUGGAGAGUGAACUCUAGCCUGCGGGGCUAGAGUUAACUCUUGCGAGAUCUGAGCGUUGCCGCAGCAACGCUCAGAUAUCGCGAGAGGAACCUGGCGGAGCUUCUGUCUAGAACUCCCUGGGUCCUCUCCUGCCUCCCUCCAUGCUGCUGUGGGCCGGUGAGGUAGAUCUUUGGUCUCCCCGCCGGCCCAUGGAGGCUUAGAGCAGAGCCGGCACUCAGAUAGCGCCAGCUCUGCGUGAGCCGACAAGGGAGAUCAGGAAUCCCACCUCCAAAAAAAAUAAUAUACAUGUGUGUGUGCAUAUAUAUAUAUAUAUAUAUAUAUAUGCGUACACACACACUCACAAACACAUUCAGACACACACACAUUCAGACACACACACAUUCAGACACACACACAUUCACAGACACACACACAUUCACACUAAUACACUCACAGACACACACACUCACAGACACACACACAUUCACAGACACACACUCACACACAUAAACUCACAGACACACACACUCACACAGACACACACACAUUCACAGACACACUCACACACACACAUACACUCACACACAGACACACACACAUACAGUCAUUGACACACACUAACACACAUAACCUCACAGACACACACACAUUCACAGACACACACAGACACACAUACAUACACACACAUACACUCACAGACACACACACAUUCACAGACACACACUCACACACAGACACACACACACAUACAAAUUAUUAUAUUUUAAUUAAAAAAUGUCCACCCAGCCUCCCUACCUGGAGUGCUGGCGUGGACUUUUCCCUGGGGUCCAGUGGGACGGGUGCCUGUCUGCAUCUCAGCCGCGGCGAGGGAGCUGCGUGCUCUCUGCUCCCUCUCGCCGCGCGGGCUGUCUACAGUAGCUGGGAGCCGGAAUAUGACGUCAUAUUCCAGCUCCUGGCAUCAGCAAACGGCGCGCGGCGAGAGGAAGCAGAGAGCACACAGCUCCCUCGCCACGGCUGAGAUGGAGAGGGGGGGGAUCCAUCACCUCUUGCCCCCCCCCCAUGACAGGGGAAAGGGGGCGCUGAGGGCCUGAAGGAACAGCGUUCCUGCUCAAAAAAGUGCAGGAACGCUGUUCCUGCAGGACUCAAACCAUAGGCGUGCCAUGGGGAUUAGGGUGUGCCCAGGCACACCCGGCACACCCCGUACGCACGCCUAUGCACAUACAUGCUUACUACAGACAUGCUCACUGACACACAGAUACAUGCUUACUACAGACAUGCUCACUGACAAACACAUACAUGCUUACUACAGACAUACUCAGUGACACACACACAUACAUGCUUACUACAGACAUGCUCAGUGACACACACAUACAUGCUUACUACAAACAUGCUCACUGACACACAUACAUGCUUACUAUAGACAUUGUCAGUGACACACACAUACAUGCUUACUACAGACAUGCUCACUGCAGACAUGCUUACUGGCACACACAUACAUGCUCACAACAACAGGCACAUACACACACACACACACACACACACACACACACAGACACAAACAAGAUCACUCUCACUCACUAGCUGCAGUAUAUUCGAAGUCUACCUGGCAUUGCAGGCUGCUGCUGUGGUAGCCCUGGGAGGUGAGAACUUAAUUUCCUGCCCUGAAGUCAGCAGCUUAAGAUCAGGGGCGGAGCUUGGGAAUGGGGGUGGGGUUUGGAUGCCAGAAAGCUCAUUGCCUGCAGUGCUCCCUCCGGCCACCGCAUCCUCAAUGCGGCCGCACCGGCUUCAAGCCCCUCCCUCCAUAAUUCCUUCAAACUCUCACAGUCUGAGGGGAAAAUUACAGAUCUAGCUUAGUUAUAGGUAUUAGGGUUCUCUCCCCGGCCCCAAGUGCUGCGGCCAGUCCGCCCCUGGUCCUUUGAUAUGUACAAAAGAGACAUUAAUACCUAUCUACAGAUUAAUACUCAAGCCUCAUUUUUAUCAUAUUUAGAAUAGGACAAGCACAAUCUUCCAAUCAAGCCUAAACAAGAUUUGUGAACAAGAGGACCUCACAGAAUCUGUUCGGUAACCGAUCAGAAGGGAAUAAUUCCAUUCGAAUGCAGGGAAACAUUAGAUGAUACAAAGUAUAAUUAAGGGAACACGUACGAGGAGUCCCAUCUCCCAUGACAUUAACUUUGUACUCAAUUUUGAAAAUUUUCACUUUAGUUAAUAAUACUGAAUAUGUCUGCAUGGGUGUCCCCUCUUUCUACAUGGGUGUCCCCUCUUUCUAAACCAGACAGCUUGCCUUCAUAGGCAUCAUUCUAUAUAGAAUAAUGAACAAAGGACCACAAGGUUUUUCUCGUCCGGCUGUUCUCUAACUAUGUAGACUAGCUCUCCCUUCAGAAGUCCAGCAAUUAACAUCUGCUGUUGAACAUCCAUUAUCCUGUAACAUCCUUUGUUGUUUUAUUAUGUAUCAGAAACUGUAAUAAUAAACCUGAAGAAACCGUAAGUCAGGCUGUGUAUUAGUAUUUUUGGUUAAUAUAGACGUAUAUUAACAUGGCCAGCCUUUUACCCAAGAAGAAACAUACAUAAAAGACUUAUUUCAAUCAUCCUGGAAAAACACACAGAAGAAACGAUUUUAUUACACUUUCAGUCAGACAACUGAUCAUGUUACAUAGAAACAUAGAAACAUUGAAUGUGACGGCAGAUAAGAACCAUUCGGCCCAUCUAGUCUGCCCAAUUUUCUAAAUACUUUCAUUAGUGCCUGGUUUGAUAAGAUUAGUGAAGCUAAACUGACGAGGCAGCAACUGCCCAGAGCACAUGCCUGAGCACUGAGCUGCAUUGGGAAGUCUGUGAUUGGACAGACACAGGGAGUAUUGGUGAGGCUAGAAGAGGAGGGCUUGCAAAGGCAGCAGACAAGAGAUCAGUAGCUUUUCCAAGCUGUUUUUAGAUAUAACCCACAUGAAAAAUGCAUAAAUACACAGUUACAUAGUUACAUAGCUGAAAAGAGACUUGCGUCCAUCAAGUUCAGCCUUCCUCACAUUUGUUUUUUGCUGUUGAUCCAAAAGAAGGCAAAACAAAUCCAGUUUGAAGCAUUUCCAAUUUUGCAACAAACUAGGAAAAAAAUUCCUUCUUGACCACAGAAUGGCAGUCAGAUUAAUCCUUGGAUUAAGCAGCUAUUACCCUAUAUUGAAAACUUGAAUAUUCUGUUUUUGCGAGUAUGCAUCUAGUUACUGUUUGAACAUCUGUAUGGACGCUGAUGAAACCACUUCUUCAGGCAGAGAAUUCCACAUCCUUAUUGUUCUUACAGUAAAAAAACAUUUUAUUUGCCUUAGACAAAAUCUUCUUUCUUCCAGUCUAAACGCAUGACCUCGUGUCCUUUGAAAAGUCCAGUUUGUGAAUAGAUUUCCACACAAUGGUUUGUAUUGGCCCCAGAUAUAUUUGUAAAAUGUUAUCAUAUCCCCUCUGAUGCGACCCUUUUCUAAACUAAAGAGGUUUACAUUUGUUAACCUUAAUAAUAAUAAAAAUAAUAAUAAUAAUAAUAAUUAAAGGGACAUUGGAGGUUUCCAGGAGGCCCCAGGAAGCACUUUUACCUCAAGGGGUAAACUAAUUAACCCCAAGGUUGCCUCCAGCGGCGAUGUCCACUCCCCCUCUGGCAGGAUUUUCUUUCUGAAUUUUCACUUUCAGGAUGCGUGGAGUUUCAGGAAGCGUGCCACGGCAGGGGCAACGCUGAUUGGCUGAGAGCGGUAAGCUGAUGCACUCAGCCAACCCAUGACUCCCCAUCCACUAACAGAUUUGGUCUGAAAGGAAGUGUUCCAGAGACCACUAGUCGUAGCAAAGAAGCUGACCUGGAGUAGGUACUCACUCGGAGCACAGGAGCUCAGUCACAUAAUUCCAUGCAAAAAAUACAUCUGUCAUCAGCAGACAGGCAAAAGAUGGUAUGUGGUUCUGCCUCGCCGACACCACCCUUUCAAGGGGUUGUUUUAGUGUUAGUUCCCUCCAAGUGCUCCUUCUACCUUCCUCCAGUAAAAGUCCUCUGUCCAUCCACUCCUUUCCUCCCUCUCCUAUCAGGCUCAGAGUGCACGCCAGUGCAUUUGAUUGCACCAGAGAAAUUGAGUCUGUGAUUUUGGAUGGGGGUGAAAACCAGCAAGGGGAGCAUCGCCUGCUGAUAGAUUUAAGGUAAGUUUACUAUUUCAUUUGCAGGUUCAUAGGGGGAGCACUAGGGUGUUUUAAAGUACAAAAUUAAUUGUCGUUUUUUUAAAGGGUUAGAGUAACCCUUUAAGGAGACAUAUUUAUGUUGCAACAUUCAGCAAAAAGAUUUCCUUUUUUUUCUGCUUAAACUAAGAUUGGAACAUGCAAAAACCGCACUUUAUUAUAAAGGUCAAAACAAAUCAAAUGUAAGUUCUGUUGGAGCCCAUAGUGUCCCUUUAUCAGUAUACAAAAAUUUUAAAUGGAAAUGAAGAUUAUAAAUUUGAAAACUUGAAAAUGGAACACAAAUGUGUUUUGUGAUUUAACAUGUUUAACGCGUGUUAUAGUUCUGAUUUUCUUUUUACAUUUACAAUCAUUUCUUUUUAAAAAUUCAUAUAACAAAGUUACGGUUUUAUCGCUUUCUAUACUUUAUAAGAUGUUCUGUUUUGUUUUCUUUGCAGAAUGUCCAUUUCCCACCUGGGUCUAUUAUAACAAUAACUGUUACAGCUUUCUACAUACGGCGUCUGACAGUUUAUUGAAUAUUGAACAUGCGCAAGAACUUUGUAAAGGUAUUAUACAAAUAAAUGUUAUUACACAAUAUUGACACACAUACAGAUUACACACUAUAUUGGGGAAACAUUAAGAAUGACUGACCGUGAUCCAGUAACCCGGUAUGGUUUAUUAGGACACAAGUGUUUGUUUUCAAAACUGUGUCAUGUGAUGGAUUGAAAACUGCAUUUUGUGGAAACAUUAAAACCAAAUGGCAAAUGCUGGGUCAAAAUAAAUGAGAAAUCCCUCCAAUUCAGCCAUAGGCGUGCGCACGGGGGGCACACCCUAAUCCCCGCAUGGAUCGAGGCCGGCAGGGGAGAUCACAGGAUCUCCCUUGUUGGGUUCAUGCAGAGCCGGCACUCCCUGCUGUGUGCCUCCAUGGGCCAGUGGGGACAUCAAAGAUCUCCCUCACCGGCCCAGAGGCAGGAGAGGACCCGGGGAGCUCUAGCCAGCAGUUCCACCGGGUUCCUCUUGCAAACGCUCAAAUCUCAUGAGAGUGAACUCUAGCCCUACAGGCUAGAGUUCCCUCUCACCACUAAGACCACCAGGGAUGGCAGCAAGGAUCCCCACUCCCAGGCAAAAGGUAAGAAGGGAGGGGGGCUAUUUACUAUUCCGUCCUCCCCCCAACCCCACACACAAUAACUUCAAACAAAUUCACACACACAGCACACUACCAGCACCCUCACACACACACACACGGCACACUACUGUAACCGUGUGUGGUUCCCUUAUUUACCACUAUAAUGUCUUAAAGCAUAGAACUUAGUAGGGCUAACCAUACAGAUAUCUUAACCAUAAUUUUAUAUAGUGUAAGAGAUCCUCUAUUUAACAUAUAUAAAUAAUUGAGAAUACAAUAUAAAAUAAGGAUUGUCUUGGAAGCAAGAUUGUCUUUUUGGAUAUUUAUUAUAUAAAAAUAUAAAAUCCAUUAUAGCAGAGUUUAUAAGAUUAAAUUACAUGCUUGCAAAUAUCAUUAAUAGGUUAACAUACCCUUCUGAACAUGUCAUCAUGUCAGCCUCUCUGUCAUUUUAAGAUGGAGCAGCGUCUGUCUCCAAGUCUCUCCUCUGUGUCUUAACAUUUAAAAGUACACCUAUUUAUACCUUAGGUGUCUCCAUUUUAGGUUACUGUAGUUCAAAUAUGAAAAAGUAACACUUCUUUUACUUUAUUCAAUUUAGGACCUCCCUUAAUUUGGCAAACAUACAAGGCCAUAACUAAAGGGUGUAUACGUCAUGGAAAUUUUCCUGACUUAGUUCAAGAUGGCAUCUUAAAGUCUGAAUAGGUUAUCUGUUGUUUAUACUAAGUCGUAAGUGUACAGUCGCGGGAGAUUCCCGGAUUUGGGGAAGUUCCAUUAACUUGGGGUUACCACAGUAUAUUGUGUACUGCAAGUGUCGUAGAAUAGCCUUGAAGCUUGUUUAUGCAUUAUUGUUAUUGUAAUUCGUCUGGGACAAAAUGGCGCAAACAUAUUAUGCACUGAGGUUAUUGCUUAAAGAAACAGUUAUGAAAAACAAUAUGUUCCAUUUCUAACACCUUGUCAGUUUGCAAUAUCUCUUAAAGACAAAGUACACAGUUUAAGAAAUACAACAUUUCAUUCUAAAACUUGUAAUAUUUGCAUUUGCCCGUAACACUACCAGCACUAUCACACACACACAACACCCUCACAGCACACUAUCAGCACUAUCACACACACACACACCACCCUCACAGCACUCUACCAGCACUAUCACACACAUAUGUAUGGAUAUGUGUGUGUGUGUGUGUGUAUAUAUAUAUAUAUAUAUAUACAUAUACAUACACACACACGUGGCAUGUGUGUUUGUGCUUUAGGGUGCACACCCUAAUGCAAUAGGCUGCUAUAUUUCUAUCUCAUCUAUUCUGGCCCAAAUUGUACAUUACAGUAUACAACUAACUAAAUUGUUUACUAAAUAAUUCUUAUAUAUAUUUGAGCAUUAUACCUAUUUAUGGUAUAGUUUUAUAUAGUGUUUUGCUAGAAAUGUUGUAAAUGAACUGACCAAGUGAUAUCUGAGAAACAUUGGUUGGUAAUUUUUUUAAGACUAUAUUUUACAAACUGAAUUGUGAACUCAAGUUUAUCACAUUAUUUUCCAUACAUUGUCAUGUGCAAUACCGUUUGUAAAAUCUUAAAGUGACAUUGUCAUGCCGAACUUACCUUUCUUUAAUCGAUUCCUCUUCUCUCCCUCUGUCAGGAUCUGUUCUUCAUUUCUUCCUAUCUGCUCUAGUUUUUUUAAAAACAUAAGACAAAGUAGGGACUACUUUGUCUUCUAGAGGUUUCCCACGCUUGACCAGCUUUGACCAGCGGAGGAACAAAGUGUGCUCCGUUUCUUGUGGUCAAAGCAAUUUUCCCACAAUUCUUACCUUUCCUUCGUGAUCGCGCAAUACUUCAUAUCAUGUCCCUGCAUUCUCACUGCUCAAUUCUCUGCCAUUUAAGCUUUUGUUUAUGCCCUAGUGACACCGACCUGCAUGAGCAUGUGACUUACACAGCCUUCCUAAACACUUCCUGUAAAGUGAUAUCUAAUAUUUACACUUCCUUUAUUGUAAAUUCUGUUUGAUUUAGAAUUACUUACCUCCUGCUCUGUUAGCAGGGCCGGUGCGUCCAUAAGGCGGCACAGGCGGCCGCCUUAGAGCGCACUGGCUCAGGGGGCGCAAAAUUCCAGUGACCGGCAGGAGGGAAGUGCUCCCUCCUGCCAGGUCACCUUCUGGAUCCCCUGCCCGGCGUGCGACUGAAUUGGAUUCCGAGGUGGCGAGGGAGCUCUGAUCUCUCUGAUCUGCUCCCUCGCAGGCUGUUUACUGAUGAUGUCAUAUUCCGGCUCCCGCGGCAUCAGUAAACAGCCUGCGAGGGAGCAGAUCAGAGAGAUCAGGGCUCCCUCGCCACCUCGGCAUCCAAUUCAGCCGCACGCCUCCCAGCAGCCCCACUGGACCACCAAUGAGAGACCCACGCCAGCUCUCCAGGUAGAGAGGCUGGGUGGGAAAUUUAAAUUUAAUUUAGAUUAUUAAUUACUGUGAGUGUGUGUGUGCAUGUGAGUAUGUGUGUCUGUCAGUGUGUGUGAGUGAGUGUGUCUGUCAGUUUGUGUGUGUGUGUAUGUGUGUCUGUCAAUGUGUAUGUGUGUCUGUCAGUGUAUUGUUUCCUCGGAAUCUGUUUUUCUUUUCUGAUCUAGUUUUCUUUAAAACAUAAGACAAAGGGACUAUUUUGUCUUAUGUAUUUUUCCUAUGCCUGACAUUCUCUGACACAAGGAGGAGCUUAAGUCAGCCCCAUUUUCUGUGUCAAGGAAAGUUUUCCUACAAUACUCCCCGUCCUCCUUGACACAGGAAUUGAGCUUAUUUAUAAAAUACCACAUUCUGAGAGGUUGCGCAAUGGGCCACGGAAGCAUGGAGAAUGUGGAGGAUUUCUUCAAUAGAAGAAUUUUUCUGAGUUGGCUCUUUUGGCUUAUAGUGUGCAAUCCUCUUAUCGGUUAUCCAAAAUUUUUGUUUCUGUGACUACACCUUACAGUGAAUAUCUAAUAAAAAUACAAUGUAGUAAGGUGACUAGUAGGGCGUGCUUUAUGUUGUGAUUUCUUAAAAUCUGUUUUUCAGAUGUAGGUUCCAACAUUAUAAGUAUCAACACUCAAGAAGAAAAUAAUUUCAUAUUGCAUAUGUUUCAAACAGAAUGGAAAGGUCCUAAUGGAAUUCUGCUGGGUUUGUUCUACGAUAGUGAUGGUAAGUUUAUAGUCACUAUGUUUAGGACUGUUUUAGAACUAGACUCUCUCUGAAAUGGCAAACAAAAGUCGAAGUUUGUUUAAAUGGACACCCUAAGCAUCCAGACCACUUCAUCUCACAAAGUGGUUUGGGUGCCUUUUGCCCUCCGUUUUUAACCCUGCAGGGUUUAACUGCCUCUAGUGGCUGUCACUCAUACAGCCACUAGAGGCGAUUUUGAGGAAAUAGAGUAAUGUUCUGCUAUUUCUAUCAGACACUAUCCUCCCAAUGCUUUCCUACGGGAAAUCGACGAUUUCGAUGUCUCUCCCUGCAGCCUGCAGCCAGUGGAGUCAGCUGUCCUCUCCUGAGGAUGUCAGGAGGAGGGGGCAUGACUUCCAAUGCUCUUCUCUGGUCUGGUAGCAGUGUAAAUCACACCCUCUCCUCCUGACAUCCUCAGGAGAGGCCGGCUGACUUCACUAACUGCAAUCCCUCCCUGGCCCAAGGUAAGGGGAGAGGGGAAUACCCUUUUUUUUUUUUUUAAAGACCACCACCACUACCCCUGUUCCCCACCCUCAGCUCCUGUAUCCCCUCUUAGCCCCUGUCCCACUCUCAGCCCAUGCGCCCCUCACAACAGCCCUUGAUCCAGGUAGGAGAUUGAGAAUGUGUGAUCAAAGUUUUGAGUAAAGAGAGGAUUGAAAGAGGCUGAAAAACCACUUCUAAGCAACUAGAUACAAUCCCUUUGUGAUUAUUGUAAAAUUAUAUUUGCUGAUUCAGCAUCCCAUGGACCUCAUACAUCAUCACAGGUUCUAAAUAAAGUCUGCAUGAAAUCAUUAUGAUUCAUGGCUUGACUGUUUCUGUGCUUCAUUUUUCCUAUAAUGCUCAGCAAGCGUCCAGGAGUAAGAGUCUAUGUAUAUAUACUGAAAUAUAGUUAAAAAACAUUUUUUUUAAAUGAAAUGCCUUCAUACAAACUCACUAAUACUACUGGGUAAGCAUAGUGAACUGGUAGACUCAUCCUUCUCCUGCAUCUGAUAGUCAUAUUAAUCAGUGAAGUGUGAAAAGUUGAAAACUAUUGAUACUCUACAAAAAUUGUAUGCAUUUUUUAUAUAUAUAUUCCAUUUUUUUUUUGCGUCUGCAUUUAUUAAAUGUUCCAAGGCCUUUUGAUUACCCUAAGAUGGAAAAAUGACAGCAUGCCCUGUAGGGAUUCACUAAAAUAUUAAAAUAUUUUAUUGACAGACGACACUCUGAAAUGGCUUGAUACAUCUGAAUUUACUUAUACAAACUUCAAUGAGGAGCAAACUGACAUGGGUUUGAUCACAUGUGCCAAGAUGGACACAUCGACUGGUCAAUGGGAUCUUAUCAGCUGUGAAGACUUCAGUCAAGCUGGAACAUUAUGCAAAACAAAAGCAAGUAUGUAGCAAAGACACCAAAAAAAUGCAUUUCAAAAGCCAUACGUAAGUCAAAAUACAACUAUGCCUGGACCAAUUUCUUAGUUAGGCCUAAAAUGAAAAUCUGGAGUCUGGACUAUUGAUUGACUUUCAGAUAUGUGCAUGGCCAUUUCUUGCAACAUCUUUUGAAAACAGGCAUCAUGUCACAUGAUGUAAAAUAUACGCUUGUGUUCUCAUUGUACAAGCAGAGCUUCUUUGAUAGUACCCAUUCUUUUUUUUUUUUUGCACAGAUAAUGUGAUCUCUGGCAAACUUACCUGCCAGAAGUUGAUGGAAAGAUGGUAGCCCCAAUGAGUUUGUAUAUCUACCCCCAGAUAUAUCCUCAAGUAGAUGUCGUCUGAAGGAUCUUAGAGUUAAAAUUUUAAAUAAAAUUGCUGAGCCCACAGAAGUGGCAAGCAUACUUUAAAAGUAAAUUAUCCUGCACUUUUUUUUUCUCCAGAACACUGAAUACAUAAUUAGCCUUUCAUUUACAAACAUGUAGAAGACUUUAUUGGGAAAAGCUAUUUGUCAUGGCAGCAUCACUAAUGGGUAGCUCCACACCUAACCAGAUCAAGACAGGAUAAACCAAUAAAAAAAGAGAGAAAGAAUGAGGCUGGAGGCAUGAACGGUCCCUCCUCCUUCCAUACCUCAGUCAAGUUAAAAAGAAAGAAGGGUGGGUGACUGAUGCUGCCAUGAUAAAUAGCCAGGAAAAUAAAAUUACUAAGUAAGUAUGUAAUUAAAUUUUCCUUAUUCCUGGCUAAUCAUGGCAGCAUCACUAAUGGGUAAUAUCCAAGCUGAAAACCUUAAAAGGGAGGGAAGACAAAUUAAAUAGACACAGACUAAAAUUGCUGCAAACUAUAUCUAAUUUUUAUUAUGCAUGUUAACUGCAGAUAAGACUCCUCUCCCAAAGGAAGUAGACUUAGAGUAAAGGUCCAGUUUGUAGUGCUCAAUAAAGUUUGUUGGAGUGGACCAAGUAGCUGCCCUACAGAUGUCAUCCAGAGGAACCUCUGCCCAAUUAGCCCAAGAUGUAGCCAGGGAUCUGGUACAGUGAGCUCUGAUCUUGGCCUGAGGAGUCAGCUUGUUCUGAAGGUAGGAUGUUAUGAGAGAAGCUAUCUAUCUCCUUAAGGUAGAGGAAGAGGCCGGUUCACCCUUACGAAGGGCAGAAGGAAGGACAAAUAAUUUUUUAGUUUUUCUGAAGUCAGAAGUAACAGAUAGGUACUUAAUGAGAAGUUCUCUCAUAUCGAGUUCAUGGAGUCGCUCUUCCUCGGGAGAAGAUGGGGAAGAACAGAAGGAAAGGAGAACCACUUCCUGGAGAAGAUUAAAUCUAGAAGCGACUUUAUGAAGGAAGUCUUUACUAGGUCUUAGGGUCACUCAAUCAUGACAAAUAUGUGUGUUACUCAUCACUAGAGAAUGCCUAGAGUUCUGAAAUUCUCUUGGAUGUGGAGACUGCCACCAGGAACACUGUUUUAUGAGUGAGGUGUUGAAUGGGGAUAUCCUGCAGAGGUGCAUAUGGAUAUUCACCUUGAGAUGAGUGGGUGAGAUGCCCAUGAGGUAUUACAAAGGGCCGAUAGGGCUGAGGACUGCACCUUCAAGGUGCUGAGACUUCUGUCCAGGCCUGCCUGUAGAAAUUCCAGAACAUGGAGGUGAGUAGGGUGUAGAUCAAGCAUGUCAAACUCGCGGCCCGCAUGCAGCCCACAAGGACCAUCUUUGCGGCCCAGCGAGCCACAAGUACAUGCCUAAUGUUCCAAGCAGAGUAGGCACCUGCUCUCCCUACAUUGCAGGUGCCUACUAUGCUCAUUUACACAGCCGGGGGGUCUCUGGCGACAGCGAGGGAGCUCAGUGUUCCUGCUCCUCACUGCUCCCUCCCGCGCGCCUUCUGAAGUGAAGCCGGGUACCAGAAUAUGACAUCAUAUUCCGACACUCAGCAUUACUAAACCGCGCAAGGGAGCAGCGAGGAGCAGAUAGAAAGACCCCAAGGAGAUGCCCCACAUCAGCUCCAAAAGGUAAGAAGCAAUAAGGAAAAGAAUGUGUGUGUGUGUGUCUAUCAGUGAGUGAGUGUGAGUAUGUGUGUGUGUCUGUCAGUGAGUGUGUGUUUGUCUGUCAGCAAGUAUGUGUGUGUAUGUGUGUGUGUGUGUGUGUCUGUCGGUGAGUGUGUGUCUGUCAGUGUGUCUGUAUGUGUGUGUCUGUCUGUGAGUAUAUGUGUGAGUGUGUUUGUGUCUGUCAGUGAGUAUGAGUGUGCCUGUGUGUGUGUCUGUCAACAAGUAUGUGGGUGUCUGUCAGUGAGUAUGUGAGUAUGUGUGUGUGUCUGUAUGUGUGUGUGUGUGUGUCUUUCAGUGAGUGUGUGUCUGUCAGUGAGUAUGUGUGUGCCAGUGUGUCUGUAUGUGUGUUUCUGUCUGUCAGUGAAUAUGUGUGUGUCAGCGGGAGGAUCAGAUUUGGCACAGGGUCGUGCUGUGGUUUAGGAAAGGGAGGGAGGACUGGGAUUUAGUAGAGGGGGGUGCUGUGGUUUUUUUUUAUACUGUACUUUUUAAAAUAAACCUACGUUUCUAUGAAAAUGUAAAGUUUGGGGGUUUUUUUGCGGCCCACAUAAACUUAAACCUUGUUUAUGUGGCCCGUGCCAGACUUUGAGUUUGACAUGCUUGGUGUAGAUAAUCACAAGCCUUUGCCACUGCCCAUUUUUGAAAGGUUUCCCAAAUUCUGUAAUAGCAGGCUGAUGUUAACUGUUUCCUUGCCUUCAGGAGAGUAGUAAUCAUUGCUUCGGAUAGUCCCUGGUUAAGGAGGGAUCCCCUUUCAGUAGCCAGGCCCCCAGAUUCCAGCUGGAUGGGUUGGGGUGAGUCGCAGGACCCUGGAUGAGAAGGUGCGGGGAUAUUGGAAGUAACCAAGGAUGGGUCAGAGAGAUUCUCACGAGAAGGGAAUACCAAGGUCUCCUUGGCCAGAUCGGGAUAAUGGCUAUCACCUUCUUUCUUGAUUUUUCUCAGUACCCGAGGAAUCAGAGGCAGGAGAGGGAACACAUACCCCAGGUCAUAGUUCCAAGGAUGGGAAAGGGCAUCUCGACCCAAAGCUAGGUCAUUGGAGAGGGAAAAGUAGCUUGUCAUCUGAGAAUUCCUUCUGUUGUCCAUUAGGUCUAUCUGGCGUAUGCCCCACCUCUUCCUUCAGAGCCUGAAACACACUGGGGUUCAAGCUCCACUCACCUGGUAGUAUUUGAGUUCUGCUGAGAAAAUCUGCAAGAAUAUUUUCCUUCCCUGGGAGGUAGACCGAUUUCAUCCCCUUGAUAUGAACUUGCGCCCAGGACAUCAGUGGAGUAAUUUCUCGUAAGAGAAGUUUUCUUCUUGGGCCUCCUUGGUGAUUUAUGUAUCCAGCCACUGCUCUAUUGUCUGUCCGUAUGGAUAUCCAAGGGCUAUGAAGAGCCCCAUGGAGUCUCCGUAGUGCAAUGUAUAUGGUUCUCAAUUCCUGCAGGUUUGAGUGAAGGUACCUCUCUGAUGGAUUCCAAGUGCCUUGAAUCCAUGUAGAUUCCGUGUGAGCACCCCAACCUGUCAUGCUCGCAUCUGUGGUGACAAUUUGCCAAGGCGGAUCUUCUAAGGAAAACCUCUCUAUAGGUUGUCUCGCUGUAGCCACCAUACCAACUGAUCUUUUACUAUUUGUGGAAUUUGAAUCAUUUGAUUCCAGUUGCUGCAAUGGAUGUUUAACUGAUUCAGGAAAUUUAAUUGGAUUGUUCUUGAGAUCCAUUGAGCCCAACGGACUAAUCCUAUGGUUGAAGUUAGUGAUCCCAGAAUGCUCAUGUACUCCUUGGCUGUUAUGGAAGAUUGGGGGAGGGCUGAGAGAAUCUUGUUUUCCAGUCUGCUCAUCCUCUCUUAGUGAAAGACCCUUGCUACUUUGGUGUUGAUGUAGGCACCCAGGAAAGUUAUGUGUUGGGAUGGAUUCAGAGAACUCUUCUCCUUGUUGAUAAUCCAACCGUGUUCUGUUUGACAGUUCAGGUCUUGUAUAGUGUGAUGAGAGGAAUCCUGAAGAACAACUAUUAAUAUGUUGUCUAGAUAGUGAAAUAUGACUAGACCUUGUUGUCUUAGAUUUGCUAUAAGAACCACUAAGAUUUUUGAGCAGGUCCUUGGGGCAAGGCUUAAGACGAAAAGAAAGGCCUCUGAAUUGGAAAUGCUGUCCUAAUAUGUGAAAUCGGAGGAACUUGCAAUGGAGAGGGUAGAUGGGAACAUGGUAAUAUGCAUCCCUCAGGUCUAUGGACGUUAGCAAAUCUCCUCUGUUGAUGUUGGGAAUAAUAGUGGAUAUGGAUUCCAUCUUGAACGAUAGGCGUUUUAGAAAUACGUUGGUGUUUUUCAAAUCUAUAAUCAGUCUCCAUUUCCCGUUGUGUUUUCGGGCCAAGAACACUGUCCAAUAGAUGCCUUUGUAUUUUUCUGAAAGAGGUACCUCUUCUAUAACACCUUGGAGAAGUAGUUUAUUGACACCUGCAAUCAAGGAUUCCCCUUUUUCUCCCGAGGGUUUUCUUGACUUUAUGAAGGAGUUGAAUGGAGGAAAGGAGUCGAAUUUGAUUCUGUAGCCUUGAUCUAGGAUGGACAUGACCCAGACAGAUCGAAAAUGUUGAAGUCUUUCUCCUAAGUAUUCUGUAUGGGCCUGUAAACCUUCAUAAGUUUUUUGAAGGGACUCUAGAUCAUCUUCCACUGUUGGUUUUAGAGGAAGAGGAAGGAGGCAGGUAGGAUCUCCAAGAUGCAUAUCUGUUAUAUUCUUUCCCUGGUCGAUAUGAUCUAUUGUCUCAAAACCUCUUAUCUUUCCAUGAGGUCGAGUAUGGGUUUCUCUUCACUUGAGGUAGGAAAGCUUUCUUGCUGUCGGCAGCUUUUUGGGUGGCCUCAUCGAGGACUUUUCCAAAGAGGAGGUCACCCUGGAAGGGAAGAGCACAAAGGGAGACUUUUGAAGAGUAGUCAACUCCCCAAGAGUGUAGCCACAGGGCUCCUCUGGCUGAGAUAGAUAAUGCCAUGAUUUUGGCAAUCAGCAUGGAUAUAUCCAGGGAUGCUUCGGAACGGAAAUCUGCUGCCUACAAUCCAGAAGGUGUUCUCUUCUUACUCCUCUUUAGAUAUCUUCUUCCAGGUUGUCUAACCAAACUUUCAUAGCUCUGGACAGGGUGGUAAGAGCUAUGGCUGGGUGUCAGGCUGAGCCCAAAGAGAGAUAGGCUUUUAUUAGGUUGACAUCCAGGCUUUUCUCCAUUGGUUCCCGUAAAUAUGCCAUGGAGUCAAUGGGACACGUAGUACGUUUCGCAAUUUUUAUUACAGCAUCUAUUUUUAGGAUUGCAGUCCAAGUCUUGCAAUCCUUGGAGGCAAAGGGAUAUAUCCUCUGAUUCUUAUUUUUAAGGGUAACUUUCGUCUCUGGUCUGGCCCAUUCAUUAAGGAUCAUAUCCUUGAUAGAAGGAUGCACUGGAAAUGAGGGUUUGGAAGAUCUGAGGUCUUCAAAAUAUUUGUCAGAUUCUAGGUAUUCUGUCUUUUUUCCCUGUAAUUUUAGGGUAUUCCUUAUUAGCAUGAUAAGCUUCUCAACAGAUUUGGAGUCUAAGGAUUUAGGGCCUACUCCGUAUGCGCCUCCUCUUCAUCAGAAAUAUCCUCGAAGGAGUCCAACUCAGAUGAUGUAGAAGAGGUUUCAGCACUAUGAAGUUUUCGAGUGGAGGUAUGUUUUGUAGAAGCCUUGAAGCAUUCAGCUAUGGCUUUGGAUAUCCAGGUUUUAGGUUCUUCUUGAGGGGAACUUUUCCUGGGCUGGAUGUCUGCCACUUCUGACAUACAGGUGAGGCAUAAGUUUUUACCCUCUAGAGCAGUCUUGUUGCAGGCCAAGCAGCGAUUAGAUGUUUCCUGGGGGAUCUAUCCUGGCUCAUACUUGGGCUGCAAAAUGAGAAAGGCCAUGUAAGUGACUAUGGGGCCCGUAUGGCAGUCUUUUAAUCCCCUUAUAUACAUAAAAAUGUUGGCUCACCUAUGUUUCUUUGAACCUGAGCGAUGGGAGGCAGAGGGAGAAGACAUCUAUAAAAAUGAAUAAAGGUUAUGAAGUGAGAAGAUUUUUAUUCCUGGCACUUAUUUAUAACCUAUGAUUAUACCGAAGUUAGAAGGUAAUAAUAUAAUCUUACCUUAAGUUGAGUAAGAAAUUACCCAGGCAGUACUGAAGAUAAUUCUUUAGGAACAGAAGUGCUUAUCACUUUAAGAUUUGUUAGGAAACCUGUAACUUUAAGAAGGGAAAUUCGCGCAUGUGCAGAUCAUUCAGAAGAACGCCGAGCUGCAAUGUGCAGUUUACACAUUUUAAUGAAGUGAAAUGAAUUCUCUGUAUAAUGUCUUAAUGGAAGUUCCAGGGAAUCCUCCAGAAUUGUGAAAUACAUUGAAAAUAGUUUGGUUAAUAUAUAAAAAAUUAAAAAAAAAUAAACACUUGAGCGACUGAUGGCACCAUAACCACUACACCAUUUUUUAGUGGUUAUGGUGCACGGAAAAUCCCUUUAAACAUUUUGAAUGUAUGUGUAUAUAGGUCUUACUGUUACCAUUUAAAUGCAAACAAUGUUAACAAAACGUCUAGAGAACGUAAAGGUGGUUCCGGAAGAUAGCAUUAAUAUGAAUUGUAUAAUUGAAAUAAUUGUUAAAUGUUUUAUUAUUUUAGGUAAACAUGGAGCCCCUAAACAAGCUGGUAAGUUUUUACUGCUGAAAAAAAAAUCUAAAAAAAUUAAAGCGCAGUUUAGUAAAUAUAAAACUAAUAAGAGGAAUUGUCAUGAUAUUCAUUAACAUGUUUAUGAGUCUGGUUACUGGCCCUUAUUUUAAACAAGAAAUGGUUAGGGUUUUCUCUCGAAGGCCUGAAUAAAACCAACAGUGGCAUUGACUGUUUGGAAUAGACAUUCUAGUUUCUCUACAACACUUUUAAUGGAAACAUCCUGUCUCCAACCUUUCAUAAUGGACACCCUGUCUGUGAAUGUUAAAAUGUCUGUCACUUUAUUCAAAGCCACACACUAUAGUUUGUUCACUAAACAGGAAAUUGUAGUGACUUUAAACCAGAAUUUUAAAACGCAGGCAAAAAAUAGAAAGCCGUGACUUGGCUGUUUUUUAUAGUUUGCCUUAAUGUUUUAGAUUCACAGUCUAAUCAGCACGGUAUUUAUUCACUAAACUGCAGUGUGAUUGGCAGAUUACGGAUUUGCAUAAAUUUUACUCCAUUAUACGCACGUUGCCUAAAUUUUGCCAUUCAUGUUCAAUUUACAACAGAGUUAAUGGACUGACCACCUCCCCAGAGUGAAGGAAAAAUUGGUCUUUGCACGUCUAUCCUUUCCUGCUUUAUAUCAUAAGUGCAGCCUGCUCUUAGAGCAUAUAAAGCCUUUUCAGUAAUACUAACUCUGUACAGACAAAAAUUCAUAUACAGACUUCCAUGUCUGUGAAAGUAUUUCCACUGCCUUAGAGGAAGAGAAAAAAAAAAAAGUGCCCAUUUCCAUAUAAUCUGCCAUUUUCCCCCCUCUAUAGUUUACCCUCUGCCAGCCAUUUUUGGUCUUCAUAUUUCUUUUUCAGCAUCAAGUUCGCAGUUCUCACCCCCUCUCAUACCAAUUGUAGAGCUUUCCCAACGGUCUCUCACAAGUCUAUGUGUAGAGGCUGCUGUUGUAGUGGCAUAUAGGGAGGCGGUGUGUUUGCGGACUUGUGCAUAAGGACUUUUCUGGGACGCUCCCACCCUCCCCUAGUAGAAUUCCCCUUCCCCAGCUAACCUCCGAUCCAGUACCAGCACUUUCUUUAGCAUACUGCUAUACAAAAAAUAAAGUAGCACAAUCCUAAUCUUCAUAGAGAGCACAGAAAUGAUGAUCUAACCCCAUGGACAGUCAAAUCUUCAUUCAAUCUAAAAUCCUUUAAGAGAUCUAUGACAACAUACCUCAAUACAGAAUGCACCUGUCAUGGUUGACCAUUUGUUACACAGUGUGUAUAUUGUAUUAUAUUGUACCCUAUUGUAACAAUGCAGUUUGUGGCCCCAGGACCUCCUUGAAGACUAGAGAAAUCUCAUUGUAUCCCUCCUGGUAAAAUAUUUGAUAAAUAAAGCCUUUUCACUAGUCUGUAUACAUAAAUAAAAAUCCCUUCCAAAUUACUUUUCAACAAGGGAUCAAGAUUAUUUACGUUAUAGCAGGCAGUGAGUGUUUGGACCUCUAGUGGUUGCAGAUCACAGUGGACUGCUCUGGAUCAGCCAUGUCACUAAGAUUGAGUGCUCGAGUUACAAGUGCCAGGGACCAGUAAAGGACCUGCACCUAAAAGAGGUGCAGACCAUGUGAGCACAGUACGUACCCGUUAAUCUCCCCAUCAGCUACUUGAAGCUGUGAUUUUGGUGAAAUUUUUUUAUGCUGAAUCUCCAGAUUAAAUUCCCCCCCCCCCCAAAAAAAAAAAAAACAAAAAAAAAAAAAACACAAAGUUUAAAAUAAAAUCUAUAGUUACAGAAACCUUGCUUACUUUAUUAUAUUGGACUCUCUUGCAGAUCAAAGAGUCUUACCAAUUGCUUUGAUUAUGUCUAUAACUCUUCUUGUACCACUGCUAUCGGCUGCUCUCCUUGUGUUGUACAAAAGGAGGACAUUCUUUGGAUUUACAAGAAAUGUAGCAUCACUACUACAAGUUACUCCAUACAGCGACGAGAUUGGAUUAGUAGGAGGCAUUGAAGAGGAUUCUGCCUAAUAUCUACCUCUUCACAAAAAUAGCUUGUUGACUGCAUGUGUAUUUCUAAUCAGAUAAAAAUAAAUAAAGUGACUAAACAGUGGCUAAUAUCUGCAGUUAGAACUGAAGAGCCUUUACACCAUGCCAUUUGUGAAUAUGCAAUUUAUGAUAAAUUAUAUUUUAACAAUUCUAGCUAGCUUGGACUUAUGCUAUUCAUACAGAAAUUGAAGUUCUGGUUCUUGAUAUCUGCUGAUUUAACAGCCUUUAAGAUGCUUUACCAAGAAAAUGCACAUCCAACAAACCGAUUUUGAAUUUAGCAGUUAACCAAAGCCACAAAGUAUGUCUCUAGGGAUUUGGUUAUUGCAUUCUGAAAUUGCACAGCAAAGGUAAAUACAAUUUGUGACAGCCAAGAUCUGAAACCAGACCUGAAUGAGCCUGCUAUCUUAUUGGUUUCCAAGGUGACUGCCCCACAUUUGUCUAUUAAAAUGGAACAUUACACCAUUUUACGGAUGUCCUUUAAGGUUUUAGACUGCAAGUGCAUUUGAGCAUCGUCUUCAACUCUUUCCCCAUUUUGUCUGACAAUACUUACUCUUUUAUAACCACCAAAUUGAGGCAUGAUAAGGAUACAUAAACGCAUAUUAACACAUUAGCUUUAUUAUUCCAACAUAAAAUAACAAAUUAUAGAUCAGUGUUUUAAGUGAAUACACAAGGGGUUUAACAUUUUCAGGAAUUAGAGGUGAUUAAAAUUGCAUUAAAUAUCCAUGUCUUUCAAUUGAAAGUAUUAGAUUUUUUUUUUAUUUUUUUUUAAAUGUGCUAUGCAUGGUCUGUAAAAGACAAACAUGAGAAUAAAAAUCUCACAUUAGGAAGGAAAAAAAAUGCCUAAAACAUUGCCUCGUUCGUACAUGUUGAAUCAAAAUCUGGUAACAGAAUAGAAUAUCUGUACAGAAUCCCCUCAUUUCAAACAGCCAAAGAAAAUUGAGUCAAGAUUAGAAGAUGAGAACCUGCAACUUAAGGCAUACUUUUUUUUUUUUUUUUUUUAAAGGGGUGGGGGUGUGAGUAAUCCUCCAUCUGUCAAAACAUUGGUAACUUUAAAAAAGAGGGAUUGCAAUUUCAUAUUUAAGAUGAACAGAUAUAGAAACAAAACAGUGAGGUGCUGGGGAAUAUUUCAAGGAGGGUUUUGAAUUUAAAGGGAAAAAAAGGCAUACAUUAGAAAUGUUCCCACGUAUCCUAGAGUACCAGUUUGGCUUUUUUUUUUUUUUUAAUUGUUAAAAAGACUGCUUAAUAUUAUCAAGUGCAACAAGUUUAAAGAGGGCCACAUAGUGAGUUGCUGAGGCAAAAGCAAAAAAGGUUACAAAUAAAUCUCAAACACAUCUGUUGCUCUCUUGACUAAUUCUUUGAUUGUACAGUCAAAGUUGAAGUAACGCAGAGUUGGCCUGACCAGCAUUUCACACUCGUUCAUCUUCUGACUCAUCUUCGGAAGCUGUAAGAGAAAUUUGUCAGUCUGGAGAUAUAUGUAAGAGGUAGAAAUGUAAUACAUUAAAGAUUUCUACCAAAUCUUACUGAAUGAGCCUGAUAGGGAAAGUGUUUUUAAAAAUAUUCAACAAAAUUACAGACUUUCAUUAGCUUGGCUGCUCCCUCAUAUUUCGUCACCAAAUUGGGUUAUAAGGUGUGGUGUCAUUUUACCAUCACCACAAACUGACAUAAAUUGGUUUAAAAAUGGUGACAAGUUAAAGCACAAUAUACACCAUAUAAGGUACCCUGGAGUGUCUGCUUUACCAAAUGAGAGCACUUUGUGGGGUUAUUUUAACAAACAGUCACACUGCUGUAAUACCCUAAAAAAAAAAAAAAAAAAAAGUUCACCCACAACAGGACUUCACACAGAGCACAAGGCUACCAGGAGCUUGAAUUGCACCUGAAAUCAGCAGGUAUACUGCUAGCUGCAACAACAACUGGAACAGGACUGUCCCUGAUAAACCCGGCCAUUUGAGAAUUCACCCUGAGAAAAACCCCAAGAGCCUCACCUGCCAGGCCUCCCACUUAAGAAACUAGAGGCAGGCCCACCUUAGGGGACUUUCCAUUCCACCAGUCACACUCCAAGUGUAUACCAAAGUUAGAAAUUGCUUCAUUUACGGUUUGGUUCUUUUACACAUGUUCUUAUUUUAUUCCCUCGUAUCCAAUGCUACUCUUUUUCACUGCCUGUGAAACCACCAUUAUAACUACACAAAUGUUCUGUUCGCUUAAUAUGCACGCACAACGCGAUACCAGCAAGCCGAAGUUUACACAUUAUGCAACCGAUGUUAAACGUGUCCCCAUACAACAUAGCCACACUUGAGCACAUUCUCUCUUCUCCUUCUCCCUCUCUCUCCCCCCCCCCCUUCCCCCAAGCCAACUAAUGGCUGACCUCAAUAAGGAUACUCACAGUCUAUAGGCAAGGGGUAACCACCUAAACUGGAUUAUAACAAUCUGACUUUAUCCACACAGGGUAAAAUGGCUGGUUCCUACCAAUGUCUCUUCUAAUGUACCUUUUACUAUAAAAUGUGCACUGUUCAUAGACACCACAGUUGUUCUGAAUGUUGAUAUUUUAGCUGGCAACUGCUGUUGUGGCGAUGCCUGCAUCUAUGUUUUCUAUAUGCACGACAAAAAAGAAUUAAAAAUAUAUAAAAAAAUUAAAGCCCUGUUUGCACUCUGAAAAACUGUAUAUAAUAUGUGUUGGUGCAAUAAAUGACAGAUGCAAAUUGCAUUUGAACACAAACCACAAAAAAGUCUUGUGUCCUUAAGGGUAAGACAAGCUUUUGAAGGUGUGUCCUUAAGGGGUUAAAUUAGGUUUCAUAGCUAAAUAUUUGAUGUUAAAUAAAAGCCCCAUUUCUCCUGAAAAAAACAUAUAUAAUAAGUGAGGGUGCACUUAAUAUGAAAGGUGAAUUACGGUUGGACAGUCAAAUUCCAAGUUUUGUUUAUGUUUUAUUUUGAUCAAAACAUGUACAUUUGGCUCAAUCCUUAAGGGGUUAAUAGAUUUUAGGUCGUUACCUCAAACACAAGUUACUAGUAUUUUAUUGAAAUAACCAAUAAAGUGCAUUAACAGUUUUUCUAUAAGUACUUACUGUCAAGGUCUUCCAUGUGUGCCUGGAGUGUCCGUGCAAGGUUUAUAAACUAGAAGGAAAAAAAAAAAAAAA